AUGGCAGCGCACAGCACAACAUCUGGCAACUCUGCCUCGUCAGGUGAUGAUUUGAAGCUCAAGAACCGCCUGAGCGAGAGCCGGAGUCCAUAUGUUCGGGGACACAUGAACAACCCGGUGGCGUGGCAGAUGUGGGGACCAGAAGCAAUCGAGUUGGCGAAAAAGUCAAACAGAUUGAUUUUCAUCAGUAUAGGAUAUGCAGCAUGCCAUUGGUGUCAUGUCAUGGAGCGCGAAUCGUUUGAAAAUGACGAGGUUGCGAAGCUGCUCAACGAGAACUUUAUACCGAUAAAGAUCGAUCGCGAGGAGCGCCCAGACGUCGACCGCAUAUAUAUGAACUACGUCCAGGCUACAACAGGCUCAGGAGGAUGGCCACUGAACGCCUUCAUCACGCCAGAUCUCGAGCCGAUAUUUGGUGGGACCUACUGGCCUGGUCCAGGGUCAACAAUGGCCAUGGGAGAGCACAUUGGUUUUGUUGGCAUACUGGAGAAGAUAAGAGAUGUGUGGAGAGACCAGCGACAGAGGUGUCUGGAGUCGGCAAAGGAAAUCACAGCACAGCUGCGAGAUUUUGCCGAGGAUGGAAACAUUAGCAGGAAAGACGGCGCAGCUCCUGAGGGCCUUGAUUUGGACACACUUGACGAAGCAUACGAGCACUUCAAGAAGAGGUACGACAAGGCCCAUGCAGGCUUCGGCGGCGCGCCCAAGUUCCCCACCCCUUCAAACCUUCGAUUCCUCCUAAAGCUGUCGCAAUACCCGAGUGCCGUCAGAGAGGUGCUCAGUGCCAAAGACUGCACACAUGCAAAGGACAUGGCAUUGGCGACACUGGACGCGAUGAACAAGGGUGGUAUACAUGAUCAGAUAGGAAACGGCUUUGCGCGGUACUCAGUCACCAAGGACUGGAGUUUACCGCAUUUUGAAAAGAUGCUCUACGACCAGGCGCAACUACUUCCAGUAUACCUAGACGCCUACCUGAUGACGAGAAGCCCUGAGCAUCUCUCGGCCGUCCACGAUAUUGCGACAUAUCUCACAAGUCCGCCCAUGCAGGCCGAGAGCGGUGGCUUCUUCUCGUCUGAAGAUGCCGACUCGCUAUAUCGACCGAACGACAAGGAGAAGCGAGAGGGUGCCUUUUACGUAUGGACCUUGAAGGAGUUCCAGCAGAUACUUGGCGAUCGCGACGCUGAGAUUCUGGCACGGUACUACAAUGUCCAGGACGAGGGUAACGUUGCUCCGGAACACGACGCACACGACGAGCUCAUCAACCAAAACGUACUAGCCGUCACCACGACAAAGCCAGACCUGGCACAACAAUUCGGCCUAUCCGAGGACGAGGUCAACAAGAUCCUAGAGGAGGGCCGCCAGAAGCUGCUUGACCACCGUAACAAGGAGCGUCCACGACCAGGUCUCGACGACAAAAUCGUAGUCUCCUGGAACGGCCUUGCCAUUGGCGCUCUCGCCCGCACAUCCGCUGCACUCUCCUCCCAAGACCCCACACGGUCGCAGAAGUACCUCGCCGCAGCGGAAAAAGCCGCCACCUUCCUCCGCGCACACCUCUACAACUCCACCUCCAAAACUCUCAUCCGCGUCUACCGCGAAGGCCCCGGCGACGCCCCAGGCUUUGCAGAUGACUACGCCUACCUCAUUUCGGGCCUCAUUGACCUCUACGAAGCCACCUUCAACGACACAUACCUCCAAUGGGCCGACGACCUCCAACAAACCCAACUCGCAAUGUUCUGGGAUAAACAACACCUGGGUUUCUUUUCCACGCCCGAAGACCAAAAGGACCUCAUCAUGCGCCUCAAAGACGGCAUGGACAACGCUGAACCAGGCACAAAUGGCGUUUCGGCACAGAAUCUGGAUCGUCUGGGCGCUUUACUUGAACACGAGGAUUACACAAAGAAAGCUCGUGAUACGGCGUCUGCUUUCGAGGCCGAAAUCAUGCAACACCCCUUCCUCUUCCCUACUAUGAUGGAUGCAGUCGUCGUCGGUAAAUUGGGUAUCUCGCACUCUGUCAUCACGGGCGAAGGCAAGAAAGUAGACGAGUGGCUGCAGAGAUACAGGAAUCGGCCUGCUGGGUUGGGCACGGUAAGUAAGCUGGGUAAAGGCGUGGGUGAGUGGCUCAAGUCGAGGAACCCGCUCGUCAAGAGUAUGAACGCAGAUAAAGAGGGCGUCAUGGUGUGUGAGAAUGGCGCAUGUAGGGAGGCGCUGACCAUGGAUAUGGGAAGUGUGAGCGACGCUGUGCCACAGAUUUGA